AUGGCUGACCUCGACCACCCCCAGACCGGCCAGGAGGGCCAUCCCAACACCUGCUUCGUCGAAGACAACGAGGACUCUGACACUGAAAGCAUCUCCUCGCCCCUCGAUCGCCUCUCCCUCGACGAGAGCAACAUCGGUCCUAUCGCCGCCGCCAUCCCUUCCGCGCACAUCCUCGACAUCGCCAACGUCUCGGGCAUCAACCUGGCCGCUGCCUCCUCUCCCGUCCCCAACACAACCACUGUCCCCGUUCCCCGCGAGCUCACCCUCGAGCCCCUCGUCUUCCUCGGCAUGGCCCGCCCCAUCCCCAGCGAAGCCGCCUCCAUCCGCCAGAAGUACGGCCCCAUCGCCUACGCCGACGACAUCGUCAAGGCCUUCGGCCUCCCCACCGCCCGCGCCCUCGCCAAAGAGAUGGCAUUCCACGUCGCCCGUCUGCACUACCACUCCGUCCGCGACUCCCACCGCGUGGUCUUCCGGCUCGCCCUCCCGCGCACCUACAACACCACCACCCGCGGCGGCGGCGGCGCCCCACACACCAACCCCGCCGAGGACCUCUGGCGCAAGCACCAGUUCCCCGUCUUCCCGCUGCCUCACCCCGUCCACCUCCUCGGGGGCGCUUCUUCGGAGGAUGAGCUGCUAGAGGCGUUCUCGGUCGACUACCACCGCAGCGCGGCUGAGAUCAUGGACGAGGUGCGCGAGAUGAGCAGCUUUCCGCGCGUGACGUACGGCUAUUACUUCGCCCUGUCGGACGAUAUGGUGCGCGAAAUCGACGCGUUCAGAUCUGAGGAUGCUUCUGAUGACGAUGACGAUGACGAUGACAACUGA